CGCAGCUGGACGCGCGCUCCGUUCCAUCCAGCCCAGACGCGCCCCCGCUCCCCGGUCACAGCCGCUGCCCAGGGGCUCGGAGCCACCACAGCUGGUCUGGACCGAGGGAUGCGCACUUCAAUUAACUUCACCCUUUGUUUUUUAUCGUGCUGAAAGGCCCCUGUCCUCCGUCACGAUUCCCCCCCAGGGCGGCUCCACGGAUUUUCUAUCGUCCAUCUGUCCCCGACCCGUGCGGAGGAAGUGGUCGGUGCUCUUUCUGGUGACCGCCGUCGCGAUGGUCUUGCUGGCUCUGGUCGUCGCUGUCCCGAUACUGCUGCUCCGCACCCCCGAGACCUCCGCUCAUUACUACGAGAUGAUGGGCACCUGUCGGAUGGUUUGCGACCCGUACACCCCCAAACCGGGAGGUGCCACCGCCAUGGAGGUGAUCCAGAACCUCAAUGAUGUCGCCCCGCAGCCGCCGAUGGCGCAAGGCAGUCGCGGGGACCCGGGGAGACCGGGGAGACCGGGACCAAGGGGCCCGCCGGGAGAACCGGGACCUCCGGGGCCGAGGGGGCCGCCGGGACAGCGCGGCAACAGUAAACUCGCUUUCCCCGUGAUAACCGGAGCUGCGGGGGCAGAGACCGCAGACACCGACGGUGUGAACUCCACGACCAACAGCUUCAAGAUCGCGUUCUACGUCGGUCUGAAGAAUCCGCAUGAGGGAUACGAGGUGUUAAAGUUUGACGACGUGAUUACAAACUUGGGGAACCACUACGACUCGAGCACCGGGAAGUUCACCUGCCAUGUGUCCGGGAUCUAUUUCUUCACCUACCACGUGCUGAUGCGGGGGGGAGACGGAACCAGCAUGUGGGCCGACUUGUGCAAAAACGGACAGGUUCGGGCCAGUGCCAUAGCUCAGGACGCAGACCAGAACUACGACUACGCCAGCAACAGUGCCGUGCUGCACUUGGACUCUGGAGACGAGGUCUACGUCAAACUGGACGGCGGCAAAGCUCACGGGGGCAACAACAACAAGUACAGCACCUUCUCCGGCUUCAUCUUGUACCCCGACUAAACCCGCCGCUGCACGUCCAUGGACAGUGAACUGAAAAUUGUUUCCAGUAAAGUAUGUGGUCUAAAUAUGUUUCUCU